GGAGGUUCCCUUGUGGUGCAGUGGGUUAAGGAUCUAGCGUUGUCACUGCAGUGGCCCAAGUUGCUCCUGUGGCAUGGGUUCUAUCCCUGGCCUGAGAAAUUUCACAGCCAAAAAAAAGAUGCUAAAUACCAUUAGUCAUUAGGAUAAUUCUAAUCAAACCACAGUGAUAUUCCACUUCACUACAACGGCUGUAACGAAAAAGAUGGACAAUAAUAAAUGUUACCAAAGAUGGUAGAAACUGUAACCCUCAUAUAUGGCUGAUGGGAUUGUAAACUGGUGUAGCCACUUUGGAAAACAGUUUGGCAGUUCCUCAAAAAGUUACACCAAGUUCCCUUAUGACUCAGCAAUUCCACUCUUAGGUAUAUCCCCAAGAGAAGUAUAAAUGUACAGCCACAUAAUAGCUUAUACACAGAUGUUCAUAGCAGCAUUAUUCGUAAUAGCCAAAAAGUAGAAAUAACCCAGAUGUCCACUCACUGGUGAUAGCAUAAACAAAAUGUGGCAUAUAUACACAAUAGCAUGUUAUUCUUCCACAGAAAUGAACGGAGUACUGAUGUAUACUGCAACGUGGAUGAACCUUGAAAACAUUAUGGCAGAGGAAGGAAAUCAUACUCGAAGGACCAUGUAUUGUAUGAUUCCUUUAUAUGAAAUGUUCAGAGUGAGCAAAUCUAUAGACAGAAAGUGAAUUAGUGUUUUUUUAGGCUGGGAAUGUUGAGAGGGGAGAAUGAUAAGUGAUUGCUUUUAUCAGUUUAUUUUUGAGAUGAUGAAAACUUUCUAAGUUUAGGUUAUGUUGAUGGUUACACAACUCUGAUUAUACUAGAAACCAUUGAAUUGUUCACUUUGUAAGAAUGAAUUUCAUUCAUUCAUAUUUGAUAUAAUUAUUGGUAUGUUUGAAUCAAUGUUUGUCUUUUUCUGUUUGUUUUCUGUAUGUCUCAUGUCUGUCUUUUUCCCUUUACUGCUUUCUUUCUGAUAAGCACAUACUUCCUAGAGUUUUAUUUUAAUUCCUUUGGGGUUUUAAAAACUUUUUCAUGUUAUUUCCUUAGUAGGUCUCUAGGGAUUAGAGUGUGCAUCUUAAUUUAUCACAGUCUACUUUAGUAAUACUAAAACUUAGUUCCAGUUAAAUAUAGAAACUUUGCUCUAAUAUCAGACUACUUCUUCUUCCCUCUUUUAUGUUGUUAUUGUCAUGUAUAUUUUUAUGUUACAAUCCCCAGAGUACAGUUUUAUUAUUUUUUAAUGAAAUCUUGCAUUUUUAAAAUCAGUGAAGAGAAGAAAAAAUAUUUAUGUAAUCAUUUAUAUUUGCUACCUAUUUACCUUUUCUGUAUUCUUUAUAUCUUUUUGUCAGUUGGACUUACCAUUAGGUGUCUUUUCCUUUCACCCUAAAGGACUUCCAGUAGUAUUUCUUGCAAAUCAAAUCUGGUGGCAGUGGAGUUUCUGUUGUGGCUCAGUCGAUUAAGAACCUGACAGAAUGUCCAUGAGAAUGCAGGUUCGAUUCGUGGCCUUGUCCAGUGGGUUAAGGAUCUGGCAUUGCCACAAGCUGCAGUGUAUGUCACAGAUGCAGCUUGGAUCUGAUGCUGUGGCUGUGGUGUAGGCUGACAGCUGCUGCUCCGAUUAAACUCCUAGACCAAGAACUUUGAUAUGAUGCAGUUGCAACUUUAAAAAGAAAAAAAGAAAAAAAAAAACCUGAUAGGAACGAAUUUUCCAUUUUUGGGAAUGCUUUUAUUUCACCUUGAUUUUUGAAGGAUAGUUUUGCUGGAUAUAGAAUUCUUAUUUGAUAGGGUUUUGUUUCAGCAUUUUGGAUAUGUUGUCCUGAUGACUUUUGGCCUGCAUUAUUUUGGGUGGGAAAUGAGCUGUUGAUUGCACUGAUGCUCCCAUGCAUGAUAACCUGUCUCUCUAUUUUUGCUUUAAAGACUUUUUCUAAACAAAAAGGUCCUAUGGUAUAGCACAGGGAAGUAUAUUUGGUUUCACAGGGAACUAUGUUCGGUCUCCUUGAAUAGACCAUGAAUGAAAAGAAUAUGUGUCGCAUUUUUUUGUUAUUGAAAACUGCACAUUUUAGAUCAUAUAUUAUAGCAAUUCUAGAUUCUGAUUCCUCUUUUCACAGGCCAUAGUUAAAUUGUUUUGUUUGUUCUUUUAAUGAAUUUUCUGGACUCAUUCUUUGGAGUUUCUUCCUGUGGUGCAGAAACCAACGUCUCUGCUUUUUCCAAAAAAAAAAAAAAAAAAAAAAAAGUCUUAAUUUUAAGCUUUAGUUACUAGGGGUUGCCUUCAAUAUGGUUUAAUGGUCAGCUAAUGCCUGAUCAGAGAUUGUGGUGAAAAACCUUGAGCCAGUAAGUCUUCCAGUGUUGGCCAGUUGAUCUCCGUAUGGGUUGGGGAAUAUUUUCAAAGUUCAAGCAGUCUGUGUGUGUCCCGGCUAUCACUUAAUGCCUGGCCAUCUGACGGUGUCGUCUUUGCAGAGAUAUGUGGAUAGUAAGGCCCCCUCUCUAGUCUUUCUGGAGCUUGCAUACAACCUUGUAUAUAUGUUCAUGCCUCCAGACCAGCAAGGAUGCACAGGAGCUUAUUAAGACCCAGGAUGGCUGUCUCAUUCUCUGGUUCUUCCUGGGAAAUUUUUGACUGGUCUGCAGAUCUAUUGUUCCAACCAGACUGUAGCCACAGUCCAACUGUGAUGGUGGGCUUUCUCAUUUGCCACUGAGAUUGUUGCUUUUUCAACAGUACCCAGGGGUGUGGGGUUUUUCCUUGCCAUGUUCCAGUUCAAUUAGUGCCUCCAGCAGCAACGUUUUCAUGACUUGCUCUGCUUUGGUUAAACUCUAGCACAGAUGGACCAUGUGAUGGGAGUAACCUACCUUAACCACCACAUAGUUCCACUGUCCUUACUCAAAGUUCAGCAGUUUUUCGUGAAUAAAUGCUUCUUCAGAUUGUUGUAUGCCUCUAAUUGAUUUCUAGUGUCCUCAGAUGGUUAUGUGUGACAGUUUGGUCCAGCUUUUUCCAUUGUAUUUUGGGAGAAGGAAUUUUCUGAGCUCCUCGUUUCACCAUUCCAGAAGUUUGGUUGGCGCUUUUGAUUUUGAUUAUCUCCUUAACUUAAGACAUACCCACAAGUAUUUUUACAAAUUUCAAUUAUGUAACCCUGGCUGCACAUUUUAGCCCACUGGAGAACUUGUAAAAUUGUUUUUUGUUUUCUGCAUUUUCAUUUUUUUAUGAACAAUUGCAGCCAUGUAGAAGUACAGCAUAUAUUAUCUAGUCAUGACCAAUUUUAUUGCAUUAAUAUUCUGAUUUCACCUCCCCACAUUAUUUUGAAAUAAGUAUUAUAAGUCAUUUCCUUUCACCCACAAAUAUUUAAUAUGUAGUUCUAAAAGGAGGUCACUUUAAAAAAUGUAACCACAGUGCUAUUAUUACACCUAAAACAAUUAAUAGUAAUUGCUAAAUAUCAUUAAAUAGACUUGGGGAACUUUGAAAAACAAGAUGCCCAGUCCAGUGAAAUCAGACUCUCUGGGGGAGAGUUCUGGGCAUCAGGAUACAGUAUUAAACUCCCUGGGUAAUUGUGACAUGCCACUGAGGUUGAGGACCAUUGUGUAAGAUUUCUCUUUAUCCUUUUCUCAAAUUGUGUUCAUUUCUAGUUUAAAUACAUUAGGGUCAGGAUGUCGUGAUAGGAAGAAUUCUCUUUGGGGGAAUUUGAGAAUUUUCUUUUUUUAACAAAGGCUCAGUUUUUAUGAAUAUUCAAUGGAUAUUUUAUGAGGAAUGAAUCUCAUCUACUUUCUGGUAAAGAGCUUUAUAUAAAGCUUUAAAACCAAGUUGCUAAUCUGUGUUAUUCCAGCCUUAUUUUUUGCCGCUUUGUCGGUUGUUAACUCUCCUGAAAGAGGUGUGUGUGUUUCCUAUGGUGAUUAUGAUUUUGUCGGUUCUUACAGUUCUGAUGGUUUUGGUUUUAAACACUUAGAUUCACGUUUCCCUCAUAAUUUUAUGCCAUGAAAAGUUGAAAACAACAGCAGACUGCCUCCUACCCACCCCCUAGUUCCUGCAUUUCCAAAUCCUUAGUUGUAGUUGGACUGUUUUCUGAUGCCAGUGUCAUCAAAUGUGUUGGGUGACAUCAAAUGCCAUCUCAGUCCUUCUGAAAUAGGCCCUGUCUCUCCAAGCUUCGUAUUAGGGGCCCAGCCUUCGACUGUGCCUCAGCAUGGCUGGACGUUACCACCUCCCACCCACCUCAAACUCCUGCCGCGUUUCUGAUCUUUGCGCGUGGUGGACACCUUGAGGAGGUGUGCACAUUAGAAGCAGCACGCCGUGAUUUCACACCUGAUUGUGCAAGGCCCGUGUGUGUGCUAGGCUAGCCUCUCCCCCCCCCCCCCCGCUUAGUACCAUUUGGUCUAGACACAGAGCCCCCCUCCUCCCCUGCUGUGUGAUCCACGAACUCACUGUGUUUUCCUGAAAUAAGUGCUAAUUGGUUUUCAAUGCUGCCCAGAUUGUAUUGCUGCCCACUGCAGCCUUGGUCCAGAAACACUGAUCUGUUUGAAGAAGUGUUCCUCGGGAGAAAGAAUCAGCAUUGUAGGGACCUGGCAGGCCCUGCCCUUCCCAGCUUGCCACAGUGCCCGUGGGCCUCUGCCAGCCACAUGUGCCACCUGCCUGGGCUCAGCAAGGGAUGUUUUGUGGAGACUUGCUCCCAAUGGCAAGGACAGGUUUGGGCAGAGCGCCGUGUGUGGAGAGCGACCGGGCCUUGGUUUAUAGGGGGCCGGAGGAAUGUCAUUCGACCAGCUUGGGGGUGGUGGGUCGGGGACUCCUGAUCUGGGAUGCAGGAGUGUUCUCGUGUAUUCUGGACCACUGCUGCCAGAGCCCCACCUCCCUCCGUGUUGCCCAUCUGGGCGGCUCUGUUCUCUGUCAGCCUCGGAAGAGGCUGGAUCAUGCCGCGCCAGCCAUCUGAGGCGGGGAGGUGAUUUUGAUCCGCCUCCGCCCUCUUCUCUCAUGUUUUCUUCUGUUCAGAAUACUGUCCUGGAUUGUCCCGCUUCUGUGCCACCUCCAGAGGCCUGCACCUCUGUAGCCAUCCUUUCAUCCUCCUGACCUGCCCAGGCAUGGGCGGGGGCAGAUGUCGGUCAUACAGGUGGAGAGCAGGGCCGCAUGGAGGGCCCGACGCUUUUCUAGACCCCAGGGUGGUGGAACAGUUCCCACAGGGGAGGAACAGUACGGCGCUCGGAAACACAGCCUCCCAGGUAGACAGACCCAGUACUGUCACCACCGCUGCCUGGGGAUUUGGUGCAGGUGCCCACGCCCUUCUGGGCCUCAGGUCCCUCUGCACAGUGUCAGUUUGCGCGGGCUGCCACAACCAAGGACCACAAGGGGGCAGGGUGGGGGGCUCACACAACUAAAAGGUAUCAUAAAAUGUAUCAUCUCACAGUUGUAGAAGCUAGACGUCCGGGAUCAAGGCGUUGGCAGGGUUGUGCUUUUGAGCGCCAUGAGGAGGAGUCAGUUCAGUUCCUCUCUCUCCGCUGCUGGUGGUUUGCUGGCAAUAUUGGCGUUGCUUGGCUUCCUCUGCAUCACUCUGAUCUCUGUCUUCAUCUUUACAUGGUGUUCUCCCUGCUUGUACAUCUGUGUCCAAAUCUCUCCUUCUUAUAAGGACACCAGUCAUCUUGAGUUAGGGGCUCUACCCUAUUUCAGUAUAACUUUAUUCUAACUUAACUAAUCGUAUCUGCAACAACUCUGUCUCAUCUGAGGUCCCAUUCUGAGGUACUGAAGAUGACGACUUCAGCACAUGAGUUUUGGAGGGACAUGGUUCAACCCGAACCAGAAAGAAGUAGCACUAAUUAUACUACCCACACACGCGGGUUGCUAGGGUAUUAAUUCCCACAAGUAAAGCACUUAGUUCGGAUCCCGUCACACAGUAAGUGCUCAGUAAAUGUUAGGCUUACUAAUGGGCUCUGAUGACCUCAUCUCUCAGUGAGACUAGUGAAAUAGCCUAAUUGGCUCACUGCUUCUACUUCCCCCAUUCUCUGAAUAUAGAAGUAAGUCAUGUUAGACUCCGUAUGUAAAUCUUCAGUGGUUUCACAUUUCUAGCAGGUCCGGAAAUUAGGGUCUCAAGUAACAGAAAACCCAAUCCAAACUGGCUAAAGAGAAUUGAGAAAUUAUUGGUCGAAUGUAAUUGAAGUCUAAGGGUAAUCUGCUUUUGAGGCAGCUUGAUCCAGAGCUCAAGUAACGCUAUUACCAAAACUGAUCUCUCCGUUGGCUCCUCUGAGCUGUUUUUACUCAUAACACUUCUGACACCAAAUGUGUGGGUGUUUUCCUCUUACCAACCAAUUCUCCACCCCUCUGGACACUAACUGGGGGUCCGACAAUUCAAUCUUGUCCUGAAAAUAGCUACCCGGAGUUGGCGCACACCCUGCAGGUGAAGGGCUUAUCGCCACAAGACCACCCCCACUUCAGAUGCCGGUGCAAGUCCAAGGUUGCCACCUGUCCUCCUGAUCAACUGGCCCUAAAUUGGGGGUUCCAGUGGCCCUCGCCUCUGAUUUGAUAAUUUGCUAGGAGAGCUCACAGAAACCAGGAAAAUUCUUAACUUAUAUUUACCUGUUUAUUGUGUAAAGGAUGCAAUGCAGGAAGAGCCACAUGGAAGAGCUGCACAGGGCAGGGUGUGGGAGGAAGGGCGCAGAGCUGCCGUGACUUCUUGGCACCGCACUCCCAGGACCUCCACCUGUUUACCAGCCUGGAAGCUCUCCAAACCCAUGGUCUAGGGUUUCAUGGAGAUCUUGGUAUGUCCGUGCAGUUGAUUAAAUCACUAGCCCUUGGUGAUUAUCUCGACCUCCAGCCCCUCUCCCUUGCUGUAGGUUGAGGGGUGAGGCUGACAGUCCCAACCCUUUGGUCAUGCCUUGGGCUUUCUAGUGCCCAGCUCCCAUCCUGAUGUUCUCUAGGAGCCUCUUAGUCAGGAGUUACUUUGUUAGCAUUAAAAGGCAGGUGGAAUUAUACAUAGCACAAAUGUUCUAUCACCCCAGUCAUUCAGGAAAUUCCAAAGGUUUUAAAAGCUCUGUGUCAGCAACUGGGGACGAAGACCAAAUAUGUAUUUAUCACAGUUCCAGUCUCGAAUUAGUUGUUCUCUGAUAGUUAUGAUUGAAACAACUCUAGCCUCAAAUUAUGAGACUCAAGUCCAGUGGAUAAAAGAGUUUGCUUGAGCUUGUCUUUGUUUUUGUUUUUUUGGUGUGUGCGAAUUUCUGCAAAAGUUCUCAACUUCGCUGUGAGCCAGCUUAGGUCAUGUGCACAAGUAUUACCAUGACUAUGAGCAGGGGAAGGUGGAAUGCCUUGAUGGGCAAUGCUUAUCUACUAAUUUACUUGUGUACUUAACUUUCAAAAAUCCUGUCUCCACCUACAAGGUGCUGCACAGUACAGCCCCUGCCAGCCUCGCUCACCACACACCAGCCCGUCUUUGAUUUAGUUUCUCAAAUGAACCAAACUUUUCCUACCUCGAAGCCUCUGUACGUGCCCUUCGUUGCCCUUGAAAUGCUUUUCCUGAUGGCUUUUCUCCUGUCCUUCUCCUUUUUCAUGCCCUCAGGUUGCAGCUUGAACAGCAAGGCUUCCAAGAGGCCCUCCUGGACCCUCCUGGGAAUCUAGACCAGGCCCCCUGUUGUUCACACCUGGCAAACCUUCAGAGCAGUUAUAAUAUUUAAUUACACGUUUUGUGUGCCUUCGCAUGUUUAAUGUCUGUCUGCUCCUCUGGGCUCCAAGUCCCAGGAGGUCAAGCCCAGGCCUGUUUUUUUUUUUUUUUUUUCUUCCCCUCCCAUUGCAUCCCCAGUACAUACUAGGUGCUGAAAAAAAGGUUUCUUUUAUUAAAUGAACAUGGUUGAAGUGGAAAGGUUUACUCAUUUAAAAUUAUGAUUAGCCUCUCGUUGAACUGGGGCAGGAAAUAAUGACUGACCGGACGUUUUUAAAACUCUGGCAGGGAAAUUUCAAAGUGAAAGUUUUACUAGUAGGUUAAAUGAAAUGCCUGCUUCAGCCGUAUUUUUUAUAGGCUUCUUGGUAUUAAUGAUGCCCAAAGUGACCUUCUUUUGGAGUCUCGGGGCCAGUUGAGAUGGCACAUCUCCUCACAGUAAAAACUUCACUGUUAACUAGAGAACGACGAUUAACACGACAAUUAACGCACAUUUUUAAUUAGCCUGUUAGUCAUCCUUCAUCUAAGGAGGCCGAGGAGUGAGAAGCUGAGGUCAGGUGUUUUAACACUUGGUUAUUCAAAUCCUUGCGAGGAACCAUCCCACACUGCUGACACUGAUGCCAUCCUGAAUCUCUGCAGGCCAUCAAGACUCUUGCAAUUGGAAGCCUUUUAUUCUCUCCUAAAGGUUGUGGCUCUCUUUUCUCCUAAAGCCACGGUCGGCAAAAUGACAUUGCAGCCAAGGUGGCUGAACCCUCCUUUAAGCCUGCAGGAGGCGGGGACCCUCCCGGUCAUGGGAGUGCAUCUUGUGGAAGUUCGCUUCGGCUGGUCCCCGGGUGAAGCAAAACUGCGGAAGAAUCAGAUCACCUUGAACUUUCUCUUUUUUAAAAAGAUGUAUUUCUAGCUUUAUUAUGAUAUCAUUAACACCUCAAAAUUGUAUGUAUUUAGACGGUACCGUGGAGUGAUGAGCUGCUGAGGCAGCUGCACGGUGUGGGGGACCCAGUGUCCUGGGUCUUGUUUCUCCCUGUUGCUGGGACAUUACCCUCAUGGGCAUGGUCCAGAAUGACCCCGCCGUCAUUAUGCACGCCUUCCAACCUGCAGGAAGGGAGGGUUUAAGAGAAGAAGGUGCCCCCCCCUUCUUAAAUGGCUCUAUAACCACUUGUUUUGAGAGAGAAUUCACCCUUUUACGUGAAGCGUACGGUGCGCUGGUUUUUAGUGUGUUCACAAGGUUGCGCAGUCCUCUGCUCUGGUUGUCAGACACUUUCCUCACCCCCAAAAGAAGACCCUGAACCCGUUCACUCCUCAUUUCUCCCUCCUCUCAGCCCCUGGCAGCCACUGAUCUGCUUUCUGUAUCUAUGAAUUUACCCACUCUCAGUAUUUCAUAUAAACUGAAUAUUACAAUGUAUGGCCUUUGGUGUCUCGUUUCUCUCACUUAGCAUGUUUUCAGGGCUCAUCGUUUCGUAGCAGGUAUCAGUACUUCAUUCCUUUCUGUGGCUGGACAACGUUCCAUGGUACGGCCAUCCCACAUCCCGUUUUUCUGUUCAUCUAUUGAUGGACAUUUGGGUUGCUGUCACUUUUUGGUGGUCACGAGUAGGUAAGGCUGCUGUGAAUGUUAAUGUGGAAGUGUUUGCAUGAACGUAUUUUCAGGUUGCUUCAUUGUAUCCCUAAGAUCGGAAUUUCUGGGUCGUGUAGUAACUCUGUUACCACAAGGCAGAGAUUCUUAACAUUUGUGUGCCAUGGACUCUUUGGCAUCUACUUCUUACCAUCAUGUUUUUAUUUGCAAAAUAUAUGGGAUUACAAAGUAAGCCAAUCGUGUUGAAAUAGUAUUUUUCAAAUACGAAGAUAAUAAAUUAGUGAUAGAAUAUGGCAAAACCCAAUCAUUUAGUUAUAUGGCAAGCCUGAUAACCAAAUGAUUUCAAAGUACGAAAGGUCAUUGAUACUAUUUUGAGAUGUUUGCAAGAACUGUGGUGUGAUUAAAAAAAAAAACUGUGAUUUCUGUUGUUGGUGACAAAUUCACAGGUGUUGUGAAACUGCUGUGGUCUGCCUGUGUUCACAAGGGAAGGAAAUGCUGAAUUUCAGUCAUAAGUUAGUGAAAAUGGAGAUAAUUUCCCUCCUCUAGAUUAACGGAGCUCUUGAAUUCGGUCACACUUUGUUGGGGUGAUCCAGAAGUCAAAUGCACGUUUUCUACGCCUAUUCUGUUGGUCUGAACUUAGUCACGGGACCACCCCCAGCUGCAGGUGAGGCAGGGAAGUGUCUUCCUUCACGUCAGCCUUGUCUCUGGCUAGAACGUGGGAGUUCGGUUAUUAAAGGAAAAAGGGAGAAUGUGUGUUGGGAGACAAGAAGAAGCUAACAUUUUCUUUAAAGAAGAAGUUAGGCUUCCACCACACCCCACACAGCCACUUCUCCUCCAGGUUGAGGACGUGUGUUCUUCUUUCUGACAAGCUCCUGGAGAAGGAGUUGGUUUGCCUUUGGAGGCCAUGCUGGGUGAAGAGGGUGCAUCUCAAGACCCUGGAGUGCUGCUCCGAGCGGGGAGCUGCUUCCCAGUGAAGAGCCGAGCCUGCCUGAGGGAGCAGCAUGUGCUCAGCUCCCGUCUCCCGUUCACGCCACAGCAAAUGCUCGUGAGGUGGAAUACUGGACAUCUGUUCCACCGUCAAUUAUUUGUCCUUGGGAGGGAGAAGGGGUCACGCGCCUCGUUGUUGUGUAUGAGGUAAAUGUUUGAUUUAACCUCUUGACUGUGCCGGAAGACGUGUGGUUGGCUUCUCAAAUGGCUGGAUGUUGAUGUUGUGUUGGAAGGCCUGAUUUAAGUGUCGGAUCUGAGAUCACCCAGGGCAGAAGAGGGACUAGUUUGUUGGCUCCAAAUCCAAGAAGCUCAGCAACAAAGAGAACGGACAGCUUCGGCAUCAAGGGCAUCAAGGAUGCACCGUCUUUGACCUUGGCUCUCAGAGGACCCUCAAGGAGCACUAGUGUCCAGAACCUACUAAGGCAUGGCAGGGAAGGCACCCCUGCAGCCUGCCAGCCCUCCAGCACACCUGCCGCUUACCCUUCCCCGCUGAGCCACUCAGCCUGGAGCCCCCGGGGCAGCACCUGCCUCGUGAGGUUGUCCUGGCUCAGCUGUCCACAGCGAUGGUGGAGAACUGGACCCCACAAGCUCAUAACCUUCCCAUCAGGCUUCAGGGGCCGGCAUCCUUCAUCCUGGGACUGGUGGCCCUGAACAAUGGCUGAGGGACAGGGGACCCCUUAAAGGUAGUCUACAGCUUUCAGGGGCCAGUAGCACUCCAGCGGCCGUGGACUAUGACCGCCUAUCGGCCCAUUCCCAACGAUGGUGUGGACCUGGCAGCCAGCUGUGGGGCCAGGGCGGCUGACGUCCUCCCGGGGCCCCACACAGCGGACUACACUCCCAUGGGAUUCUGGGUCCAGAACGGCAGCAUGCCCCAGCUGGGGGAGAGCCCGGCCGGCGCCCCCACCCGCCCCAGCCCCACCACCCCCGCAGUGCCCAAGAUGGGCGUGCGUGCAAGAGUGGCCGACUGGCCGCCCAAGCGGGAGGCCCUGAGAGAGCAGAACAACCCGAGCCCCUCACAGGACGCCGACGGCACGAAGGCCGCAAAGGCGGUCCAUUCCAUGAGGGGAAUACAGAACGGUCAGCCCCCCGCCAGCACCCCGGCUUCCUCAGGGCCCAAAGCCUUCCACCGACUGUCCAGGAGAAGGUCUAAAGAUGUGGAAUUCCAGGACGGGUGGCCCCGGUCCCCGGGCAGGGCCUUCCUCCCACUGCGGCACCGCAGCAGCAGCGAAAUCACCCUCAGCGAGUGCGACGCGGAGGAUACGGCCGAGCCCCGGGGGACCCGGCACCCAGGGGCGCUGCCGCUCUUCCGCGAGUACGGGAGCACGUCCUCCAUCGACGUGCAGGGCGUGCCCGAGCAGAGCUUCUUCGACAUCCUCAACGAGUUCCGCAGCGAGCAGCCCGAGGCCCUUGGCGCCGCGACCCUCGCAGGGCUCCUCCGGGCCGAGCCUGGCUCGCACCUGGCGGGGGGCGGCAGCGGGGCCAAGGGGGACGCCCGCAACGGGCAGCCCGCGAAGGACAGCCUGCCGCUGCCGCCCGCCAAGGAGAAGGAGAAAGCCCGGAAGAAGCCCGCGCGCGGCCUGGGCGGCGGGGACGCGGUGGACUCGUCCAUCUUCCGGAAGCUGCGGAGCAGUAAAGCCGAGGGCGAGGCGGCCCGCUGCCCCGGGGAGGCCGAGGAGGGCCGGAGCCCGCCGGAGACCAGCCGGCCGUGGGUCUGCCAGAAGAGCUUCGCCCACUUCGACGUGCAGAGCAUGCUGUUCGACCUCAACGAGGCGGCCGCCAACCGGGCGUCCACGGCCCAGCGGCGGAACACGACCACGGGGGCCUCGGCCGCCUCCGCCACGGCGUCCCUGACGGCGUCGCGGGCCCACAGCCUCGGUGCCCUGGACCCCGCCUUCACCAGCACCGAGGACUUGAACUGCAAGGAGAACCUGGAGCAGGACCUCGGCGACGACAACAGCAACGACCUGCUGCUCAGCUGUCCGCACUUUCGCAACGAGAUCGGAGGCGAGUGUGAGCGCAACGUGAGCUUCUCUCGAGCGGCUGCGGGCUCCCCGGUCGGAGGUGGAGGUGGUGGCGGCGGCGGCGGCGGCGAGGGCCGCCCGCAGGAGCCUGCCCUGAGCUCCUACCGCACCAACGCCAGCAUCUCCGUGCUGGAGGUGCCCAAGGAGCAGCAGAGGACGCAGAGUCGCCCGAGGCAGUACAGCAUCGAGCACGUGGACCUGGGCGCCCGCUACUACCAGGACUACUUCGUGGGCAAAGAGCAUGCCAAUUACUUUGGCGUGGACGAGAAGCUGGGGCCAGUGGCUGUGAGCAUCAAGCGGGAGAAGCUAGAGGACCACAAGGACCAUGGGCCUCAGUACCAGUACCGGAUCAUCUUCCGGACCCGAGAGCUCAUCACCCUGCGGGGCUCCAUCCUGGAGGACGCCACCCCCACGGCCACGAAGCACGGCACCGGGCGGGGCCUACCCCUGAAGGACGCCCUGGAAUACGUCAUCCCUGAGCUCAACAUCCACUGCCUGCGGCUGGCUCUCAACACUCCCAAGGUGACGGAGCAGCUGCUGAAGCUCGACGAGCAAGGGCUCUGCCGGAAACACAAGGUGGGCAUCCUCUACUGCAAGGCCGGCCAGAGCUCGGAGGAGGAGAUGUACAACAACGAGGAGGCAGGGCCGGCCUUCGAGGAGUUCCUCUGCCUCCUUGGGGAGAAGGUCUGCCUGAAGGGCUUCACCAAGUACGCCGCCCAGCUGGAUGUCAAGACUGACUCCACGGGAACCCACUCCCUCUACACGACGUACCAGGACUACGAGAUCAUGUUCCACGUCUCCACCCUGCUCCCUUAUACCCCCAACAACAGGCAGCAGCUGCUGAGGAAGAGGCACAUAGGAAACGACAUCGUGACCAUCAUCUUCCAGGAGCCUGGGGCGCUGCCUUUCACCCCCAAAAACAUCCGCUCGCAUUUUCAGCACGUCUUCAUCAUCGUCCGAGCCCAUAACCCUUGCACCGAUAACGUCUGCUACAGUAUGGCUGUGACCCGAUCCAAAGACGCGCCUCCUUUCGGCCCCCCCAUCCCCAGUGGAACCAAAUUCCGCAAAUCUGACGUCUUCAGAGACUUCUUGCUGGCCAAGGUGAUUAACGCCGAGAAUGCCGCGCACAAGUCCGACAAGUUCCACACCAUGGCCACCAGGACCCGCCAGGAAUACCUCAAGGACCUGGCUGAAAACUGUGUCUCCAACACACCCAUCGACUCCACCGGCAAGUUCAACCUCAUCGCCCUGACCUCCAAGAAGAAGGAGAAGACAAAAGCCCGGGCAGGUGCCGAGCAGUACAGCGCCGGGGCCAUCGCCUGGAGGGUGGCGGCUCAGGACUACGCCCAGGGGGUGGAAAUCGACUGCAUUUUGGGAAUUUCCAACGAGUUUGUGGUGCUUCUGGACCUGCGCACCAAGGAGGUGGUGUUCAACUGCUACUGCGGGGAUGUCAUCGGCUGGACCCCGGACGCCGCGACGCUCAAAAUCUUCUAUGGGCGAGGGGACCACAUCUUCCUGCAGGCCGCCGAGGGCUCCGUGGAGGACAUACGGGAAAUUGUCCAGAGGCUGAAGGUGAUGACCAACGGCUGGGAGACGGUGGACAUGACCCUGCGGCGGAAUGGGCUUGGGCAGCUGGGCUUCCACGUGAAGUAUGACGGGACUGUGGCCGAGGUGGAGGACUACGGGUUUGCCUGGCAGGCCGGGCUCCGGCAGGGCAGCCGCCUGGUGGAGAUCUGCAAGGUGGCCGUGGUCACCUUGACCCACGACCAGAUGAUCGACCUGCUGCGCACGUCUGUCACCGUCAAAGUGGUCAUCAUCCCGCCUUUCGACGACGGCACGCCCCGCAGGGGGUGGCCGGAGACCUAUGACAUGAAUACCUCGGAGCCCAAGACCGAGCCGGAGAGCCUGGCCCCGGGGGGCCGGCCCCCCUACCGCAGCAAUGCUCCCUGGCAGUGGAGCGGGCCUGCGUCCCACAACUCGCUACCUGCCUCCAAGUGGGCGGCGCCCGCCACCCCCGGCCACGCCCAGUCCCUGAGCCGGCCCCCGAAGCAGACCCCCAUGGUCCCCUUCCGGGAGUCCCAGCCCCUGCACAGCAAGAGGCCCGUCAGCUUCCCCGAAACCCCUUACACGGCGUCACCAGCAGGGGCCGACAAAGUCCCUCCCUACCGGCAGCCUUCUGGGAGCUUCUCCACCCCCAGCUCGGCCACCUACGCAAGAUACAAGCCAUCCCCAGAAAGGUACGCAGCCGCCCCGCACCCGCUGCUGUCUUUUGAUCCCCACUUCAGCCACGAUGCAACGUCCAGUGGCGACUCCUCCUCAGGCGGCUUGACCAGCCAGGAGAGCACCAUGGAGCGCCAGAAGCCAGAGCCUUUGUGGCAUGUGCCCGCCCAGGCCCGGCUCUCAGCCAUGGUCGGAAGCAGCGGGAGCAAGCACACCUCCAGGCAGGACGCAGCAGGCAAAGAUUCCCCCAACAGGCAUUCCAAAGGCGAGCCUCAGUACUCCAGUCAUUCCAGCAGCAAUACCCUCUCCAGCAACGCGUCCAGCAGCCACAGUGACGAUCGCUGGUUCGACCCGCUGGACCCCCUGGAGCCAGAGCAAGACCCUCUCUCCAAGGGCGGCUCCAGCGACAGCGGCAUUGACACCACCCUCUACACCUCCAGCCCCAGCUGCAUGUCCUUGGCCAAGACGCCUCGGCCGGCCAAGCCGCACAAGCCCCCAGGAAGUAUAGGUCUUUGUGGGGGCGGGCACGAGGGCGGACGGCCCUACCACGCAGACCGGCGACGAGAGGUCUCGCCUGCCCCUGGGGUCCCUGGCCAGAACAAGGGCUACAGACCGAAGCUGUACUCCUCAGGCUCCAGCACCCCUACAGGCCUGGCUGGGGGCAGCCGCGACCCACCGAGGCAGCCCAGCGACAUGAGCUCGAGGGCCGGCUACCCCGCUCAGGUUCACAAGACGGCCAGCGCAGAGACCCCGCGGCCCGCACAGCUGGCCCAGCCCAGCGCCUUCCAGCUCUCCGCCUCCGUCCCCAAGUCCUUCUUCUCCAAGCAGCCCGUGCGCAACAAGCACCCAGCAGGGUGGAAGAGAACAGACGAGCCCCCGCCACGGCCGCUCCCCUUCACCGACCCAAAGAAGCAGGUGGACAGCAACACGAAAAACGUCUUUGGUCAGCCGAGGCUGAGGGCCUCCCUCCGAGACCUCCGCUCCCCGCGGAAGAACUACAAGUCCACCAUCGAGGAUGACCUGAAGAAGCUCAUCAUCAUGGACAACCUGCCGCCCGAGCAGGAGAGAGACGCCGGCCAGUCACCACAGAAGAGCCUGCAGAGGACGCUGUCGGACGAGAGUCUGUGCAGCGGGCGUCGGGAGCCCAGCUUCGCCAACCCUGCCAGCCUGGAGCCGGGCCUGCCCAGUGAUGUGCUCUUCACCAGCACCUGCGCCUUCCCCUCCAGCACGCUGCCCGCCCGCCGCCAGCACCAGCACCCCCACCCGCCCGGCGGCCCCAGCACCGGCCCUGCCGCCGCCGCCGCCCCUGCCGGCAAUGGCUUCCCAGAGAAGAAACCCACCAUCUCCACCUCCGAGCUCUCACUGGCCGAUGGGCGGGACCGGCCGCUGCGGCGCCUGGACCCAGGCAUGAUGCCGCUGCCAGACACAGCUGCUGGCCUCGAGUGGUCCAGCCUGGUCAACGCAGCCAAGGCGUAUGAAGUGCAACGAGCUGUGUCACUCUUCUCUCUCAACGACCCAGCUCUGAGCCCGGACAUCCCGCCUGCACACAGUCCCGUCCACAGCCACCUGAGCCUGGAGAGGGGGCCCCCGACCCCCAGGACCACCCCUACCAUGAGUGAGGAACCACCCCUGGAUCUGACAGGCAAGGUGUACCAGCUGGAAGUGAUGCUGAAACAGCUGCACACGGACCUCCAGAAGGAGAAGCAGGACAAGGCGGUGCUGCAGUCCGAGGUGGCCAGCCUGCGGCAGAACAACCAGCGGUUGCAGGAGGAGUCACAGGCCGCCAGCGAGCAGCUGCGCAAGUUCGCCGAGAUCUUCUGCAGGGAAAAGAAGGAACUCUGAGGGGGCGAGGCCGCCACCCCCGGCCCUCCGCCUGGGCAGGCCGAGGGCUCCUGCGCUCCUCUCCCUCAGCCCGGCCUCCGGCGGACCCGCCAGCCCGGGCCCCAGCGCCCCCCGGUGGACACGGACACCCCGGGGUGGCGGCUGCACCUGAGAGAGGCCUCCCCGGGGCUGGGGCUGGGAGCCAGGGUCUGCCCGCAGCCCUGGAGCCCCAGAGAGGGCGACCUGUCUGCAGCCUCCCACUGAGCUGCCCGUCUGUGGGCCCUGGGGGCUGGGCCAGGCCCACUCUGCCCGGGGCCUGUCCUCCCAUCCCCAGGCGGCCUCUUCCCAGGAGCCGGCCGUCGGAAGCUGCAGGAACAGAGUGGAGGGCAGGAGCGCGACUCCAGGCCCCACAGCUCCUGGACGUCACAAACCAGCUUUCCCCACCACGGCUGACAGCGUCUGGGUUUGUGGGGCCGAGACCCCUGCAUGAAAAAUCAGUGAGCGGUCGGGCCAGCGUGGCAGCGGCCCCAGGCUUUCGGGCCUGGUGCGCUGGCUCCAAAAGCAUGGACAUAGUUCCCUCCCAAAAAGCAACCAGAAGCACUUUCUUAGAGUUUCAAUUGUUCUCUUGGGGGGGCGGGGGCGGGGUGUCCCAGGACAGAGAGAGGAAACCCCAGCAUCCAGACUCAGUUUUUUUGAGGGGGAAGCUAUUUGCACACUUGGGACCAUUUCUACAGCCUUUUUUUUUAUCAGUCCUUUGACCUCCAGAGGCCACAACGCCUGGGCCCCUCCACCUUCGAGCUACUGAACCGACCAGGCCCAGCGACAGAGCCGCUGCAGCCCACCCAGUUCCCCAAGCCCUGGCCUCUUCCAGGCACCAAGAGGGGCUCCACGGGACCCUCGGGUCAGGGCCCGAGAGAAACAGCCUUCAUCUCUUCUCCACUUCCGCUCUCCCUUUGCAAGUCCCUCGGCCCAUCCUCCAGGCCCCACGGCAGCGGCGACAUCGGACACCCUCACUGUGCUCCCCGGGGAACCCCCACAAGACGCCGGGUCUCUACAGGCAAUAAGGGGCAGCUUGCCAGGCAGCCAAGCCGGUGUGGUACUACGCUGUUCACCCAGGAAACAAGAGUUUCUUUUUUUCCUUUAAAAACAAACAAACAAAAAAUAUAUAUAUAUAUAUUUAUUUUUUCAUGUAGAGUUGCGCCAGAACAAGUCUGUAUGGCCACAAUCUGUGGAUUCCCCCAACCUCAAGCUGAGGAUCCAGGCGUGUCCCUCGUGGGCCAGGCUCAGCAGGGGGAACUCAGAGGGUCAGAGGCAGGGGGAGCGGGCAGGAGGCCUAGCUCAGAGCAGCACACUCCAGCGGGGGCCAGCACCGGCGGCCCAGCCCUGUCCAGAGACCCCCGCCACCACCUUCUCUCUGGGGCCAGAAGCCUCAGGGAAGGAGGCUCUGGGGAGCCCACAGGACGAAGGCAUCUGGGGAACCAGAGGAACGGACACCUGCCUGCCUCCUCCCUGCGACCAACCUCCGGCCCCUCGGCAGCCCUGCGAUCCCGGAGAAGGGCCCUCGGCUCUGCCUUCUGCUCUCCCUCACCUGUGGUGUGAGAUGGGGGCUGCAGGGGGCCCUGCCGAGUCCUCAGCCCUGGCCAACUACUGUGAUGUCUCCGCCCCUCUCCGGAUCCCUCUUUAGAAGGGUUCUCCAGGACCACGCCCCCACCCCCCUUCCUCAGCCCCGAACCCCUGCCUGCCCCUCCUUCAUUCCCCCCCCCUUUUUAAGUUGUCUCCUCAUAUCUUCAGAUCAUUCAAAUCAUUUUGGGGACCUAAUCAUGUACGUUGACGAGUGUAAAUUAUGAUUUUUUUGGUUUUGUUUUCUGUUAUUUUUUAAGGAUUUCUGCAAAGCAAAUCUAUUUAAUUUGAGUUGGGUGUUCUAUCUCAUGGUUAAUGACAGAGCAGGGGUUUUUUUUCUUUCACAUGUUGAUUUGUUUCCUUUGGAUUUUUUUAUUCCUUAUUGUCUCCCCCCACCCACCCACCCCACCCAUCCCUGUCUUGAGAUUUUCUGGCAUGUUUCUGAAGGUUUCAAAGGAAAUAAAUGUUUCAUAGAAGUG